AUUGAGAAUACAUGGCCAGGAUAUAGAGAGCCACAACAUAGAGAGAAAACACACGUGAGAGAGAGGAGUGUUCAGCCAAGCAUCACGUGGCUGAGCCUCUCGGGUGAUCUUCAUUCACUGUCCAUCGUGCACUGCAGUCUUGCUCAGACACGUCUGAUCGCACACGCAGGCUUCACUUUCUUCGAGGUUUUUCUAGCCAUCGUGCUCCCUACGGCACCGGGUGAUUGUCCAAUACUUCCUGAUCCAACAUCGAGUCUCGAGUUGCGCCUCCAACAAUCUCACGGACAUACAAUACAACGACGAUCCAUAGAGAGCAAAAGAGAAAGGAAAAUCGUGAGCGCGGCAGCCAUAAAAAGGAGACCAUCAGGCAAUCUCCCGCACGUGCUCAUACUAAUAAAUUGAAGCAUUGUUGGGAGAAGGCCUGUCUUGGAAUUUGAAUUCUUUCCACGGCUUGAAGUGUGGAAUUUCAGUGAGUGGGCUUCUCUGGGUCCAAGAGAAUCGUGAACUAGGGGAAGAGUAGCAGCCACCUGCCACUUCACACCUUGCCAGAUUGAAGGAAACACUACACUAGUCGUCCACGCUUGUGUAGUGUUGUCCUCUUACGGCCACGACGAGCUGCAAUUGCAGCCAGAUCUUCUUGCUCCGCAACCGAGACCCAACUGACGACGUUCAGCAAAGAUAUCACCACGAGCAAGCCGUGCUCCAUCAUCCGAGAACUCAAGUCCCGUGACGAUUCGCCUGCGAACCGUGAGCUACUCUUGGGCUCCUCAUCACGCGGUCCGUGACUUGCGACGACCAGCUGCGAGUUACCUACUGUCUGCAGCGAAUCGCCACCACGAGCCACCAGGCUUAGCACCACGAUACGAAUUUGGAAGCCAAAAUUCGAAUUAGGUAAUGUCGGCCACCCUUUGACUGAAGUGUCGUGAUAAAUGUUCCGUUGUCUUUUGGGUUAAAGACUAUGGCGUGGUCAAUGUUGCACAAGCAGCAAAACUCAAGAUGAGAAUGUGCUUUCGUAAUACAAGAUCCUGGAUAUCUGACCCCGCCAUUUAAUAAAAGGUGUGACUGACCUUUCUCAGCUUCUCCUGCCCGAACUCCAUUGCUUGCUUGUAUUGGGAAGGUGAGGUUGCUCUGUGGGCUCAAGCUAAAUCCUAAGCAGACAUUUCUUUCAUCUAAAUUCUCUAGUGUUACUCGACAUGAAAACAAUGAAUAUACUAGUCUUCUCCCUGCUCUGCUGCCUCUCUUCAAAGUCCGUUUUGUCGAGCUCCGACCACUACAAUGCAAUCUUCAACUUCGGCGACUCCCAUAGUGACACCGGAAACUUCCUCAUUACUGGGGCACUCGCAUAUCCGGAAAUCAAAAACCUCCCUUAUGGAGAAACUUUCUUCCACCACGCAACUGGUCGAUGCUCAAACGGACGCCUCAUUAUCGAUUUCAUAGCUGAAGCAUUUGGACUGCCAUAUCUUCCACCAUAUCUGGCAGUAGCCGAAGGUCCACCUGUCCGCAUGGGAGUGAACUUCGCAGUUGCUGGUGCCACGGCGAUCGACGGGUCUUUCUUCUCUGCUCAAAAUAUUACCUUGUGGACCAAUGACUCGUUGAAUGUUCAGCUUGGCUGGUUCAAGAGUUUGAAGUCGUCUCUCUGCACCACCAAACAAGAUUGUGACGAGUACUUUAAAAAGUCUCUGUUUCUGGUGGGGGAGAUAGGUGAAAAUGACUACAACCUUCCCUUUCUCUUUGGUCGAACCAUUGAACAGCUACGCCCUCUGGUACCACAAAUUGUUGGAGCCAUCAUUCGAGCCGUCAGUACUCUGAUAGAAGAAGGGGCUGUAAAUCUGGUGGUGCCGGGACAAUUGCCGACAGGUUGCAUCUCCAUGUAUCUAACUUUGUUUCAAAGCGCGAAUGAAUCGGCGUAUGACCCGAAAACCGGGUGUCUCGAAGCUUAUAAUGCUUUAUUCAAGUAUCACAAUAACUACCUCAAGCAAGAAUUGCAAAAAUUGAGAGAACAAUACCCUCAUGCAAGAAUAAUGUAUGCUGAUUAUUAUGGUGCCUCCAUAUCUAUCUAUCGCACUCCAAAGUUCUACGGGUUUUACGGAGGGGCCCUAACGGCUUGUUGUGGAGGAGGCGGUCCAUACAACUUCAAUACGUCGGCGUAUUGUGGUCAGUCCGGCUCAACUGUUUGCAAAGACCCAUCGGCUUUCGUCGAUUGGGAUGGGAUUCACUCGACUGAGUCUGCUUAUCAUUAUAUCGCCAGGGGGUUGAUUGAUGGUGGCUUCAUAUCUCCACCACUCCUAUUUCAAUUUAAUUAUUUACAUUACACCAAAAACGCGGUAAGACAGUUUGUGCUAUCGAAGGUUACUUACCUAUUACCGGAAUAAUGAAGAUUGGUAUGUUACACAUAUAAACAUAUCACAAA